CCUGGAGCCUUCCAUCUAUCUCGUUCAAAGUCCGCAAAGAAAAAAACUUAUAUAUCGAAACAAGUUUUUUCUUGAUUCUUGUUUCUACAUUUUAUUUCCUUCCUCUUCUUCAUUCUUUUCUUUCUGCGUUUCUUACUGUUGAUACUGUAAUAUGAUGAGUGUCACAGAAAAUACUGGUAUGACUCAAACACCAAUACCAUUGAUAAGCAUAUCACCAGUACUAUCAAAGAAGAUGACUAAAAUAAAUUCACUGGAUGCCGCACCAGCAGCACCACCAAUGUUGGUUCGACGUAAAAGUGGUGAUAUCAAUCAUAUAGCUACACUUUCUAGUAGUGUAUUGCCUGCAUUUGGAACCAUUGUUAAUGAUAGUCAUCUUCAACUCCAAAGAUUCAUUAUCGCUCCCUUUGAUCGUCGAUACAGGUGGUGGCAAACUUUUCUUGUGGUUCUAGUCAUAUACUCCGCAUGGGCGUCUCCAUUUGAGCUGGCAUUCAGCCAUAUAGCAACAGGGUCUCUUUGGCCUGUUGAUUUGGUGGUUGAUGGUUUCUUCGCCAUUGACAUUGUACUUACUUUUUUUGUAGCCUACUUGGAUAAACAUACUUAUCUACUCGUUGUUGAUUGCAAAAAGAUUGCUCUAAGGUACAUUGUCAGGUUAGGGUUUAUAAUGGAUGUGGCAUCAACCUUGCCAUUUCAACACCUAUACGGACUCUUCAGGGGUCGUACAAACAGAAGUGCUGUUUUCGGUUUCCUCAAUCUCCUUCGUUUGUGGCGGCUUCGCCGUGCUAGCAAGCUUUUCUCAAGGAUGGAGAAAGACACGCGUUUCAGCUACCACUGGAUAAGGAUAGUUAAACUCAUUUGUGUGACCCUAUUUGUAGUACACUCGGUAGGUUGUUUACAGUAUUGGAUGGCUAUACAUUACCAUGAUAAACACAAAACAUGGCUUGGUGCUCAAAUAGGGAAUUUCGAGGACAUAAGUAUUUGGAAACGCUAUACUUAUUCUUUGUAUUGGACUAUUACCACUCUUACAACAGUUGGUUAUGGAGAUCUGCACGCUGUGAACACUACGGAGAAGAUUGCCAACACAUUUUUUAUGUUUUUUAACAUCGGUCUUACUGCUUACCUUAUUGGUAAUAUGACCAAUCUCAUUGUUCGCCGUGCCAUUGGAACUUUUGCCAUGAGAGAUGAAGAGCAUCACAUAGAAAGAUUUGCUAGCACGAACAGACUUCCAGAGACCUUACAAGAGCAAAUGCUAGCACACAUUCACCAUAAAUAUGAGAUGCUGGAGUGGCAGCAAGGUGAAGAGUUACAAAAUCUGCCUAAAGCAUUAAGAUCCAGUAUAGGUCAACAUCUUUUCAAGAAAACUCUUCAGAAAGCCUACUUUUUCAAAGAAGUUUCUGAUAGCCUUAUUGUUCACUUGAUUACUGAAGUAAAAGCAGAAUAUUUCCCACCAAAAGUUGAUAUCAUUUUACAAAAUGAGAUGCCAAAAGACUUCUAUAUCAUUGUUUAUGGACAAGUGGAAUUGUUAAUUUACAAGGAUGGAACAGAACAGAUUUUAUCAAAAUUAGGCCAUUACGAAAUGGCAGGAGAAAUCGCAGUGCUUUUCAAUAUCCCACAGCUGUUUACAGUGAGAACCAAGAGGUGUACCCAAGUUCUUCGAAUAAGUCAUCAAGAUUUCAAGGAAAUUGUGCGGCAACAUGAUGAUGAUGGACAAACAAUCAUCUCAAAUGUCACCGAGCAUUUGAAGGACUUGGAAAGAGAAAUACGAGAUGAAAUUCCAUUGGUAACAGAACUGCUUUGUGACCUGAAUCAUGCAACUGAGCAAAGCAUUUCAAAGGACAAAGUACAUGAGCGUGAAGCAUCAUCAGUAGUUCAUGAUGGAAGCGCCAAAGGAGCAUCAUUGUGUUCUACUACGCCACGUUCACUCAUGAGGUUGGUAAUCCAUGGGCAUCAUCCCAACAAAACAGAUACAGCGCACAGCAGCAAGCCUGGAAAACUUAUUCACUUACCAGAAACAAUGGAAGAUCUUUUACAAUUGGCAGAGGAAAAAUUCGGUAAAAUUGGGAGCCAGAUUAUAAUGAAUGAUGGAUCAGAGGUGGAAGAGUUGAGCGUUUUAAGGGAGAAUGAUCAUCUGUUUUACUGUUAAGAGACAAAUUAUUAUGCUUCGUAUUAUUCCACAUGUAUAAUUUCUUUGCUGGAGUCAGGAAUGUAUAUUAGUGUAACCAACCAUAAUACUACUACUUGUUGUGAAACACUUCACUACAAUAAAAUGUAAUUCUUCGCAGCAAAGGAUAAUAGAAAUGAUGAGAAAUGUAACUUA